UCUGUGGCUUGUUCAAAGUGCCGGAUCAGCUGAUUAAUAGCGCCUACUGUAGCGAGCCCCACGCAGCAUCAUAUUUUAAGGACGGAAACAAGUAAAGGAAAAGGAAAAUAAAAACACGCAACCUCCCUAAAUUGGAAAGACAGAAAAAAACACUUCAGAAUGUAAUUGAUGCCAGAAAUGAACAAACGCGUGAUGUCAGGAGGGGACAGACACAGAGACAGAGAGACAUGGAUAGGACAUGUGUGAGCAAGUAUUAAGAAACGUGUUAUUAUUGCAGCAGUGAGUCGGAGAGCAGGCAGACUCGAGGGUGUGGAUUUAACACGGAUGCUGGUUAUGUGAUAUAUUUAGACACAGAAUUGACUUUCCUUUUCGUGUGGGGUGUUUACACAACAUUCGCUUUUUCUCACAGGCUCCCCAGCCAGACAGUAAGUAACGAUGAAACGAUUCACGUUGGAGCAGAUGACAGAUUUCACUGAUUUUACCAGAGGCGGCGAUUUGACCGAGUUUUUAAAGCAAACUAAUAAUGUGUUUAAUAUGAAUAACUGUCGUUCGCAUCCUGUCCGGGUCAGUCCAGAUGCACAGCACAUCCACGCCUUUCUUCAAAAACCAAAGCGGGGUCUGGUGACUUUUGAUAGGAUCCAGAGAGUCGCUGUCGCUCAGAGCCCCAGCUAUAUGGACACGGGAUCCGCCCUAUCGAUCCCGAUAGUGGAAAUGUUGUAUUUAGACAGCGGCAGCAAAGACAGCGCGGCGCUGGUCGCGGUGAUUUUUGAAAACGGUAAAGCAGAGUUUUGGAAAUACGUGGAGAGAAAAGCUGGCUGGGAUUUGUUGCAGACUUCAGACCUGUGCAACAGCACCAGCGCUAAAGUGGUGUCGGUUUGCUCCAGUGGCAAGUUCAUAAUCUGGUGUGAAGAGAGACCCGCUUCAGAAAGCGCUUCAGUUUUCUCCGCAGCGCGUAACAACUUCAGAUACUGCAUCUGCAAAAGAACUUACGAGCGCGAGGAGCGGGCUGUCCGCUUAGGGGGUGUUGAAACACCCUUACACAACAGCCCGCGUUACAGGGUCCUUGCAGCGCGGGAGGAUGUUUACCUACUGCCAGACAAUCAGGAGGCAGCCCCGGGCAACGGCUCCAAAUUCUUCCUCACAUGGUCCCCUAAACAGGACAGGAUGACUAUCAGUACUGUGUGCAAAGGAGCACUGCUGAGCAAAACCCUGCACUCCACCAGCAAGGAUUCGGAUUACAAGACACUGAUUUCAGAGUGCAUUGGAAUGCUGGCCACAAUCAGCCCCCCAGAAAUCUGUUCCGUUGCCCCAACCAGCUGCGGUGGGCUGCUCUUGGUUCUCAGCUCAGGCUGCAUUAGUUUAUUGCAAAGUGAUGGAGUCCUGAGGCAGAUCUAUACUCUGGCAUUAAGCUGCCCACUGGACUGUAGCAAGCAUAUCAGCAUGCAGAUCUACGGCAGUACCCUGGCUUGCAUUGUGUACAGGACGCUGUACCUGGUUGACACCAGCACUGGCAGGCUGCUGGAAAACAUUGCACUGAAGACCGAUGGCAUGCUCUUUCUAAACUCCAGGGAGAAGAAUGACAUCCACUUCCUUUCCAGUACAGGAAUGUACGUGGUGAAGGAGUCGGGGGUGGACCCCACCAGCAAGCAUCUGGGCCGCUCCGACACUGCCAGGCCGGAUGCUGUCUUGGUGGAGGCAGUCUUCGAAGAAGCCUGCAGGUACUACCAGCGCCGGAGCCUGAGCAGCACACAGCUGACUGUGGAGAAACUGAAAAGCGGGGGCAUGUUCCAGGCGCCCAUCGCCCUGUCUUCCAUUCUCGGGGUCUACAUGAAAACCAAGAAAGCCAGCGAGCUGCCGCAGGGGGGUGGCGGUUACUCCAAGCUGCUGGCAUCAUUGGGUGCGGAGCUAGAGAGCUUGAUGGCCUUGGAGCAGCUCAAGGCAUCGGUGGUCAGCGCCUCCGACAGAAAGCUGAGCGUCUCGUGUGAAACUCUGGUGGGGCAAGAGGUGAACCGCCUGCUCUUCUCGGACCUGGACAGAGACAAUCUGCUGUACCUGAACGUCAUUUUUAAAACCUUCCCCCGGGAGUCCUGGCAAGCCCUGCAGGCUAGUUUGCAACUCGGGUCCAAUGGAGAGGGCUUCCUGACGGCCAAGGCAGCCCCGGAGGUCUGGAAGACAGUCCUGAGCCCCGUGCAGGCAGCCCCGGCCCCUCUCUCCAGCGGCCAGCAGCAGGCCUCCUCUAACGGGGCAGCGCCUGUCUUUGAGCUGAUCUGCCGCUCCCUUUUCACCUUCCAGCCCAAGUGGCUGUCCAGAUUUGUUGAGCUGGCGCAGCAGCAAGCAGGCACCUCUUCCUGGAACUAUGGGGGCAAGGAGAGCCCGGAGAGCGUCCCCUUGUACAAACGGGCCCUGUGUGUGCUGCCGAGGGAGGGGCAGACGCAGGAGUUGCAGGUGGAGCUCUUGCUCUGCAGCCAGAGACCCAACGCUGUCAUGCAGGCCAUGCGCAUCCUGCUGGAGCUCCGGCGCUGGGAGAGAGUGGCCGAAGUGGCCCAGCGCUUCUCUCAACAGAGCCCCCUGCUCAACAAGGAGAUCUUCACCACCCUUCUCUGUGAGAUCUCGCAGCACCGGGAUCUGGACCCAUACCUGGACCUACUUUGGACCUUGUGUCCCGAGGACAUGACUGUCACCAGCAUCCUAAAUAUUGUGCUGAAAAGCCUGCCUCUAUGCGGAAGGGAGCCUGGACCAUUCAGAACCGACAGGAGCCAGAUGAGCAUCGGGAUGCUGAAGCCGCUGUUGAACAAAGUGCUGCAAAGAGAAACCAAGCCGAGCCAAAGGUAUGCGGACAUCCUCCAGUCCCCUUCCUUUCCCCCUCCCACUCCCCCGAGGCAGCCCAGGUCAGUCACAGAGCCCGCCAUGGCCACUGCCUCCCCGCCCCUGUCGAGCAUCUCAUCCAGUGUGAACGACACCAGCGUGGAUGAAGGCUGCUCGAGUCCCAGUCAUGAGAAUAAAUAGCAGCUACACACACGUUCUCUCCUCCGGGGACUAAUGGAGAAGAUACCCAACAAGCGAAAUCACCAAAGAUAUUUAAAACCUCGCUGGAAUAUGCAUUCCAGAGCAAAGAUCAAAUGUAGAAGACAAGUUAGGAUAUAUAAUCUCUUAAACAAAGUUUUUUAUUUAAAAAAAAGAAGGUUUGACUGUGUUCCACAUGUUUUCAAGAGGUCAUUCUUUGUUGUCAAAGCAUAAGGCCAAUGGACUGGCUUUUGUUUUCAGCUCUAAAUAUGCAGCCAAAGCAGUUUUACAAUCAAGGGUCUGGUUUUUCAAAGCAGUGCAGAUGUAUUAUAGAUCUGCCUGGACAGUACCCUGCAGCCUGCUGUUGAAAUGUUAUUCGUGUGCUGUUUACUAAACAGAUGCAUUGCACACUAGAAUGAGUGCCGUGACAAAGUUAAAAUGCCACUAAAGCACCACGAGCAAAGGGCAGAGAACAAAAUGAGUAUGUCAUGUAGAGCACUGGAGAUGCUGUUCAUGUAGAGCACUGGAGAUGCUGUUCAUGUAGAGCACUGGAGAUGCUGUUCAUGUAGAGCACUGGAGAUGCUGUUCAUGUUGAGCUCUGGGGAUGCUGUUCAUGUAGAGCUCUGGAGAUGCUGUUCAUGUUGAGCACUGGAGAUGCUGUUCAUGUAGAGCACUGGAGAUGCUGUUCAUGUAGAGCUCUGGAGAUGCUGUUCAUGUAGAGCACUGGAGAUGCUGUUCAUGUAGAGCACUGGAGAUGCUGUUCAUGUUGAGCACUGGAGAUGCUGUUCAUGUAGAGCACUGGAGGUACUAUUCCUGCUGGUGGUGGCUGAACAAAAUACAAUGCAGCCAUUUGAUCUCAUUUCUUAUCUCAAGUUUGAGCUUCCUUUUAAAGGUAAUGAUGAACUCUCAGUAAAGUUACUGCUUGUGUUUAAUACCUAUUAGCCUGUUUAUAGGAUGUAACCAAUAUGAAUGUCUGCAUUGUGCGCACACACUCACUCACUGAGAUGUGCAUGUGCAGCACACUCCUGAGAACAAUCCACAUCUUUAAAGACAAUGACACACUCUAUCACAUUCCACUGUGGUGAAUUCAAUCCGUUAGAUAAAGACAGCAGUCCAGCAGUCCAAAAUUAAAAACAAAAAUAAUCAUUUUGAUUGCUGAAAUGUGAAAACUGUUAAAAAUGUAGCACAUUGCUGAAGCAGACACUAAGUUGUGUGUGUGUGGUGAGUGAGAGCGUUUGUGUGAAAUCCUUUGCUGUCUCACACACGCAUCUCCCUGUGUAUCUGUUGAUCUCUGUGCCUUGCUGUUUCUUCUCUCUCUGGAGUGUGCUGGAAUGUUGUGUGAAUUCACUCUGCAGUAUUGCUGUUCGUUUGCACCUUCCUGUGAUCAGAGAGAGGGAGUGAGGGUCACUUUGCAAAGAUGAAGCAAAGUUUCUAUAUUAGCAUUAGCUGUUUGUAGCAAGCAAGCUAUUCACAGGGGUCGUGAGAAGUUCAUCACGCUUUUCCAUUCUCUUGAGACAAUCCCGAGUACUGUGAGGUCAUGCGAGGGGUGUCCUGGAAACACAGCAGAUAGUACACCCGUUCAAUUUCUUUUGAGGACCUUCCUGUUUGCUUCAUUAUACUUGAGUGAUGUUCUGGAAACAGCCUUUUUUUUAAUUUUCUGAUUAGUAUUUAUGGUAAAGUAUGCUGAACAAUCAGUUAAACAGAUACUCAACAACGGUUACAAGCCUGCAGGAUUCAACCACCAUUGUAAUUUCUGAUUAGCAGAAAGCAAGAGGAUGCAACACAGAGCUACUAACGAGCUGGGUCCUCCUAAUUAUCAGAACGUUCUGCGUUUGUUUUCUUCUCACCCCACCUGCUAAUGAGAGGCGGCGUGCGAGAGCCGCUUCUGCUAAUUACUGGAUUUCUGUGCUUUACUGGUACAACUUCAUGGGGAACAGUAACAGGAUUACUGCUUUGCUCCAAACUGCACAUUUUUAACACUAAAACUAUUUAAUAGUACUCUGAACCUUGCUUGGGUUCAUAUACUGUACAUGCAUGUUUCCUAACAGCACAGGUACGUCACCCUUUCCGAUGCUAAGAGCCCAUUUUAAGGAUGCUGAUUUCAGUUUUAGCUUCUCCAGUGUUGUUUUCACAGCAGUGGAGGGAUUGCGGGUGCUGUUGCACUGUGUGAUGGGGUUUCCAUACUGUAUAUUAACAAUAAGAAUAAAAUAAA